CUGGAGGGCUGCUUUGGAGGAAGCAGCCAAUAUGUCUGGGUUUCAUUAUUCCAGCAAAACAGGGACGACAGAGGCCGAUUUUGUUGAGAAAGUUGUUCAAGAUGUUUUGAACAAAUUGAAUCGCGAAUCGUCAAGUGAUUUAAAGGGUCUGGUUGGGAUUGAAAAGAAAAUUGAGAAAAUUGAGUCGUUAUUAUGCUUGGAUUCACCAGGUGUUUGCUGUGUAGGUAUUUGGGGCAUGGGUGGUAUUGGCAAGACCACCCUUGCUGAUGCUGUAUUUCACAGGCACUUCUCGAAAUUUGAAGUCUGUUGUUUUCUUGCAAAUGUCAGGGAGAACUCCGAACAAACGAAUGGACUACAUCAGUUGCGAAAUAAACUUGUUGGUGAGAUAUUAAAGCAAAAAGAUGUAAGUAUCGACACUCCGUCUAUACCACCUAAUAUUCUAAUUAGGCUCAGGCGUACGAAGACGCUCAUUGUUCUUGAUGAUGUGAAUGAUGAAAAACAACUAGAAGAUCUUGUUGGUGAAAAUGAUCGGUUUUGCCAAGGAAGUCGAAUCAUUAUAACAGCUAGAGAUAAAGGCCUACUUGAGUUAAAAGUUGACCAUGCGAAGAUAUACAAUGUUGAGGGAUUAGGUUCGGAUGAAGCUCUUGAGCUCUUUCAUUCGCAUGCUUUUGGAAAUAAGUCUCCAACAAUAGAUCAUCCCGAGUUGUCAAGAGAGGUAGUGGAUUAUAUUAAGGGCAUUCCAUUAGCUGUUAAAGUUAUGGGGUCCUCAUUCCGUCAUUGCAAGAGCAAACAAGAGUGGGAAGUUCAAUGGAAAAAAGUGAAACGAGUUCCAAUCGGAGAAAUCCAGGAAGUAUUGAGAGUAAGUUACGAUGGAUUAGAUGACAAUGAGAAGGAGAUAUUUCUUGAUAUAGCAUGUUUUCAUAAAGGCCGUAGGAGGAAUGAUGUAGAAAUAAUGUUAGAUGGUUGUGGUUUCUUUGGGGCAGUGGGAAUCAAUGACCUUAUUGAUAUGUCUCUCAUAUCAAUUUCAUAUUCCUGCGAAAAGUGGGAAGAUAAGUUAGAAGCACGGAUAGAGAUGCAUGAUUUGGUGCAAGAAAUGGGUAGAGCAACAAGAGAUGGACGUGUUCAAGCAAUAUCCGUUGACUUGUCUAAGACUAAAAACCUACACUUGGAGUUGAAACAUGCAAAAUUCAAAAAGAUGUAUCAACUGAGAUUCCUAUGUGUCAGUUGUUAUCUUCCAUCGAUUGUUUCCCUUGAUCUUCCCAAUUCUCUUAGAUUUCUUAGCUGGGACUCUUAUCCUUUGAAAUCUUUGCCAUCAAAAUUUUCUGCUCAAAACCUUGUUGUCCUUGAUAUGUCAUCCCACAAAGUUGGAGCGCAACUUUGGAAUGAAGACCAGAGUCCUGUGAACUUAAAACGGAUUAGUCUUGCUUUCUCCGAACAUCUAAUUGAAGUUCCAAAUCUCUCUCGGAGUCUAAAUAUUGAGCGUAUAAAUCUGCGAGGCUGUGAAAGUUUGGUUGAAAUUCCUUCGUAUUUUCAACAUCAUAGCAAGCUUACGUAUCUUGACCUUGCGGUAUGCUACAAACUCAAAAAUCUUCCUGAGAUGCCAUGCAAUCUUGAAUUCUUAAAUUUGUCUUACACAGCAAUAGAGGAAUUGCCUUCAUCAGUUUGGUCUCACAAAAAGAUAUCUCACUUAGAUAUUAGAUAUUGUAAACACCUUAAGAGUCUUCCAAGCAACAGUUGUAAGCUGAAACUCUCGAGUUCUUUUAGUCUAUAUGGCUGCGAAUCUCUUUGCGACUUUUGGGAGCUUCCCAGGGAUCCAACAGUGCUAGAGUUUAGUAGUACAACAAUAAAAGAAUUGAGGAAUACAUCAAUAGAGUCUGUUGUUGGUCUCACUGCAAUUAAACUGAUCGAUUGCAAAAGCCUUGUGAGUCUCCCAACGAACAUUUGGAAGUUGAAAUAUCUGGAGAGCCUUGAUCUCGGUGGUUGCUCUAACUUUCAACACUUCCCAGAAAUCUCGGAGGUUAUGAAACAUCUGGAGUUUCUAAAUUUAUCAGGUACAAUGGUUAAAGAGGUAUCCCCAUCAAUUAGAAAGCUAGUUGCGCUUCAAAAAUUACGCCUGAUUGAGUGCAGCAUACAAGAAAUUCCUGAUGACCUCUUUUGCUUAACCUCAUUACAAGAGUUAAAUAUGAGUUUCACCGAAAUUAAGAGCAUACCUGCAAGCGUCAAACAAGCUACUCAACUGUCUCUCCUGUUCCUCAACGGUUGCAAGAGCCUUGAAUCUUUACCAGAGUUCCCCCCAUUGCUACAACAUCUUGAAGCAAAUGGUUGCACGUCACUGAAGACAGUGUCAAGUUCAAGCACUGCAAUCACACAAGGUUGGGAAGAAUAUAUAUUUUAUCUUGGGCUUUAUGAGAAACAUAUAUUUUCUGUUUGCCCAAAGUUGGAUGAGAAUGCACGAAGCAACAUAAUGGGUGAUGCACAACUCAGAAUUAUGCGAAUGGCAACUGCAUCGUCAAAGUUUAAAGAAUACAAAAUUGAACAACCAUCAUAUGGUUUAGAUAAUAGCUAUGAUGAUUAUGAGGAAUUUUUACGCAAGAGAUCUUUUGUUGCCAUUAGAUGUUUUGGGAAUGAAAUUCCAAAUUGGUUCAGCCAUAAAAGUGAGGGAUGUUCAAUAAAGAUUGAGCUUCCUCCUGAUUGGUUUAGCACAGAUUUCUUGGGUUUCGCUCUAUCUCUUGUUGUUGCAGGCGCUGCUCUUGGGAUUCAUAGCAUUGAAUGCAAGUACAACUUCAAAACUAGUUAUGGUGAAAGCCAUGAAGUCAACCAUUCUUUGUGUAGACUGCAAACUUCCUGUAGAAGUAGAGAUUCACAUGAGCUGUUUAGGUGGUGGUAUAGUAAUGUCUUUGAAGAAGUUGUAAAGGGAGCUCAAUGCCCCGCUGCGUUUUACAAACUUGUUACGGAGGUCAAUGUUCACUUCACCGUAUGGGGUUGGUAUGGCCCCAAACUCUUUUUGAAGGUGGAAAAGUGUAGGAUAUGUAUGUUGUAUGGCAAAGAUGUUGAGAUGAUAAAGCAGAGGGCUUUGUAG